GUUAUCAUAACGGUUAUCGUGAUGCUCUCAUCUCCGAUGACGUCAAAUAUUUCUGGACACGUGAUUGGUUGGAAGAAUAUACCGUCAGAAAAAGAGAGCAACAGUGACAUGCUACAGAGAAACGAACGAGCUGUUGGAUAUGACUAUGUAACUGAGUUAUAUAGUAGUUAUGACAGUAUGGGUGGCCUUGAGAGUCUUGUUGAUAUAGAAGAGAUUCCAGACACACAAUCGUGUAUUGAUCCACCAAUCGAAGAUCUUCAACGGUGUAUCAACACUGUACCAAGUGAACAAGUCAUCGAGUUAGAAUCGAAUCUAGAAUAUGAUUUAGAAAAUCGGUUCAACUUCUCCGUCUAUGCAACCGAACCGACAUCAACACCGGUCCCGGUUAAUCUGGGUGAGGGAAAACACGCCCUCAACGAGAGAACCCUUUGUCCAUGGAAAUACAAGACGAAUUCUAAUCUCAACAGAUUCCCCAUAGACAUCCAGUACGCCCAAUGUGAAUGUCGCAACUGCAUCGAUCCUGACAUCCAUUCGUUAUCGAUCAUGAAUCUAUGUCGGCCAGUCGUUUCUUGGAGAGUAGUGUUAAUCAGAGGACCCUGUGUCAAUGGAACUUACCAAUAUAUUGAGGAGAAUCUUCCUGUUCCAGUUGCAUGUGUAUGUGAUCGUCGAAACCAUUUAGUAUGAUAAUAGAAUGGUUUGGAUCCAUUGUAAUUAGUUGUUAACUUAUUUAUUACUUUUGAAGAUACUCAUAGACUAUACCUUGCUCGUUUGAAAUGAUUUAUUUAAAAUAUUUUUGGGGCCAGAGUCCGGGGCCAUAGUAGUGUAUCUAUGGUCGUUUUGGGGGUACGGUGACUGAAAUAGUUA